AACCUAAAAUUUUAUCACUUAACCUAAAUUAACCUCAAUUUUCUAUUUAAAUUUGACGGAUACUAUUAAAUAGUAUUUUUCUGUAGAGUACUCUUCUUUUAGGCAAAAAUAGGUAUAGUCAUUUAGAAAAUAAAAUGGACGAUUUUAUAGAUGGUAAUAAACAAAGGCUUAUUAUUGGAAUUAUCAACUUCCUUAAAAAGGAGAGUAAUAGUUCAUAUGUAGAAAGUGAACGAAAGGAAUCGCUUGACGUAGCCAUUCAGUGCCUAGAAUCAGCAUAUGCCAUUGAGCCUGAAGCUUUAAAAAAAGAUGAAGACUUUGAUUUGCUUACCUUGAUUUCGGAUGAUACAUUAGAUGUUGCUGUCACAGAAGAAGAAAAGACCAGAGCAGAAAUUCAUAAAAACAAAGGAAAUGAAUAUAUGCGUCAAGGGCUUUAUCAAGAAGCCGUUGAUGAAUAUACCAAGGCCGUUGAGCUACAUCCCAACAAUGCUGUCCUUUAUAGUAAUCGUGCUGCUGCAUACAGUCAUAUGGAAAAGUACCAUGCAGUAAUAAAUGAUUGCAAAAAAGCAAUUAGAAUUGAUCCAAAUUAUGCCAAAGCAUAUUCUAGAUUGGGAAAUGCUUAUUCAUUGAUUCAUCUGCAUGAUGAUGCUAGAAAUGCAUUUAGAACAGCAAUAACAUUAGAUCCUACAAAUGAAAGGUACAGAGCAAAUUUAAAAUUAGCUGAGGAGAAAUGUGUAUCAGAAAUGGACAAAGCUAAUCCACCCGAACAUCGACCAGUUGAUAUCAGUCAGUUUAUAAACAACGCUAAUUUCUUAAAUGUGGCCUCCCAAAUGCUAAACGACCCCGGUGUUAGAAAUGUGAUGUCAGGCAUUUUAAAUUCCAAUACUGAAGGAGAAAAUCCCAAUAUAGAUGCCUUGUUGCAAAUGGGACAGCAGUUAGCACAAAGAAUGCAAAUGAGUAAUCCAGGUUUUGUUGAAAGUUUACGUCGACAAUUCUCAGGGGACGUACAAGAAGAAACAGCUACAGAAUCGUUACCUGAUAGCGGACAAAAUCAAAAUCAAAAUAAACAACCAACACCUGACGAUAAAACCGAUUCAUAAGCCAGUAUGAUUUCCGUUAUUGUAUUUUAUUAAGCAAUUUGUUUGCAUUUUAAAAAUUAAAAUUUGGGUUAUCAAAUUGACAUCACAAUGUGCAUUGCAUUCGAUUUCAAUAUUGUGGAACAUUAAUAAAUAAUUGUUUUGGGAA